UGAACCUCCAUUGCGCUGUGAUCGCUUCGCACAGCGACGUUGAUUGUUUCGAACCCCAAUGCGCAUUUUCUAUGUUUUCUCGGGCAAGGAUAAAACACCACACAUUCAUUUUCGAGGUGGAGGAUUAUCUUUAGCUCUAUACUUGAUACAAAUCAAACAAUAUGAAUAAGAACAAGGCGACAGUUCCCGACGCAUGGGAUGAUGACUGGGAGCGUCAGGCCGAUAAAAUGGCUGCGGAGCCACCAUUACCUGAACCCGAAGUCAAACUUUCCAAGGCCGAACGCCUGGCAAAGCACGAAGAAGCCAAUCGACAACUCUGGGAGGACGCGGAUGAGGUGAAGGAGAAGCCUUUUUUUCUCCUAGCACGCAAUGAACCAGCGUACAAGACUGAGUUCAAGCCUACAUUAAAGGUGCUUUCACGUAAGCCGCCGCCGAAUGUAGCUAAACGUGGAGAUGCCACUAGUGCAAUGGCGAAUCUUAACCUAGAGAACGAGGAAGACAGCGAAGAGGAAAACCGUAAAAAAGCAGCACUAGAAUUUGAAGAACGUAAGGCACGUGCCAUCCGUGAACGUGAGGAGAAACAGCGAAGAUACCAAGAAGUGCGGGAAAAGCUUUUUGGUACCGAUGACUCCAAAACACGACCAAGUUCGUCUUCGGGGGAGGUCAGUAGUAGCAGGAACUCAAGCAGAGGCAAAGGGAGAGGACAGGGAAGACAGCAGGAUAAAGACUCGCGAGCAAAUGGUUCAAAUGACCAAUCACCCGCAAGGCCGAGUAGUCAACGCAGGCAGCUCUACGAUCCAAACUCCUCUGAGAAGCCCAGCUCCCAGUAUGUUCAACGUAGAACAAAUGGAGAAUCAGGACGAUCCACCCCUAAUGAGGAACGUCCAUCGCGAGCUCCAAGAGGGCCUGAUGGAAGUGGAAGGGGCGGAUUUGGCUUCGCUCCGAGAGGUGGAAAGAUCUCAAAUGGCUCAUGACUGCAGCAAGCUGGGCACUGAGAUGUUUGCAUUUGUAUCUGUCAUGUUCUACCUUGCCGCAUGACACAGCAUUAUUUCAUUCUCGGUUGGCCACAUUACAUCGCUAGUCAUACGGGCAGUCAGUCAAACUCGAUGCGAAUAACGGGACAAAGAACAGCCUUUCACGAAUCCGCAAGCUAAAGUCUCGUCCGCUGAAAUUUGCACAUGGUUAAUCGCUAGGAAGUCGACCACUGUAAUGAACCUUUAAAUCUUGCUUUCGGCCUUUACAAUGCAUAGCAUACAUGAUUCUCAGAACUGAAGUGUAUAGCUGAACGACCUGAAUGUUUGAACUGAACAAACCAAACAGGCCUGUAGUGUGUUUCUAGAGCCUGCCUCACAAACGAUUGCGAAGUAGUCGAGCAAACAGAAUGUGAU